AUGCCAGCUCUCCUUGUCAUGAGUGGAAAUUCUGGAGGAGGAGGCAAACGAGGGAGAGAAAACCGGCUAAAAAUGGUUGCAGAGAAACCCCCUACCAUUCGUGCCCCAGACACUCAGGUGGCACCAAUUCCCAAGGUGCAGCCUACCCAAGAGCAGAUCCGUCUGGCACAAAUGAUAGAGGGCCCCAAGAGUUUAGCCAAAGAUCUUGAACUAAAGCAGAAGAUUCAGGAAUUGAUAGAACUGACAGGCAAACCCCAGGAUGUUGUGGCUGUGGCAAUGCAUGACUGUGAUAACGAUGCUGAGAAAGCAGCUGUUGCCCUGCUGGAGGGUGAUGGUGAAGAGCAGAUGGGCAAGUGGGAGACAACAAACAAGAAGAAAAAGAAACAGACAACAGAAGGAGAAAAGAAGGAAAAGAGUUUGAGAGAAGAGGAUGAGAAAGGAGACAGUGGAAGUAGGGAAAGAGAUGGAGAGGGAGAAGGAAUUGAUGAAGGACCCAUGGAAGGAAGAGAUAGAGGACGGGGCCGAUUGCGUGGUCCUCCAAGACUUCGAUUUCGUGGCCGUGGUGGAGGAUUCCGACGAGAGGCUCGACCAGGGAGCAAAGAAGGAGGUGGGGAAGAGGAAGCAACACGAGGAGGCAUGGGAAGUGAGCGAGGAAGAUCCCGUGGAAGACGUGGGGUUAUGAAUGGCCCUAGGCGAGGUGGAGGGGGAAAGAUGUUCCAGGGGCGAGGGGGCUCCAAUCCUUCCAUGUUUCUGGGCUCCAUUGAUACCUGGUCUAACAGCCAGGCUGAGGGAUUGGAUGGCAGCAAGAAGAAAUCCACUGGUGAUCUCAAUAUCAGUACCUGGGAUGACAGCUUUCCAGCAGCAGAGGACUGGGACAAUGAAGAAUGGUCAGGAUCUUUACGGGAGACAAAAGUGUUCACACCGAGUGUAUCUUCCCCAGCACCAGCAUCAGCACCAUCUGUCACGGAUGCAACAACUCCACUGAUGACUACAACAUCUUCAUCAUCACCUGCCAGCAUCCCACCUCCUCUUGAGUCUCAGCCCAGCAAUGGCCAGGUCAUCGACUUACAGGCUCUUCUCAGGCAGAAGCCCCAGGAGUCCAAUCGCUGCUUGGGCAGUGGGGAGAUGCUGGAGCGCAAUGAGCCCCGUCCGAUGACAAUGGCGCAACAAGAGUUCCUCUCUCAAUUCACCGGCCAAAAGUCGACAAGUUCUUCCAGCACAGGGGACCCACUGAAACCCAGUUCUGUGUACGUGAACAGUUCUGAUGUGUAUUCCAAGUCCACAUCAACAGGCUCGCGAGGUAUGAGUGGAUAUGGCCUAGGGACUGACUCCUCUCGACCUGCCACUCAGGGCAAACCACCCUCUCGACUCUCCAAGCCCAGACAAACCAAGAUUCCAUCAUCUGCGGUGGAGAUGCCAGAUGAGGCUAUGGAGCUCCUUGAUGUCCAAUUUGGAGGCCUGGAAUUUGGAACAGAAUCUUCAGCAUUGGACAUCCUUGCCAGUUCAGAGGGCAUUACUUUUGUUGGGCCAGAUGACCUCAUUGGACCCACCUCUUCUCAGGUUUCUGAUGGGUUGACAUUUGGGACAGGGAAGAGUAAGAGUCCUGGGAGUGGGCCAGGGGAAGAAAUGAAAGGGAUGACAUCAUCAUAUGGUGGAAAGCCCCCUUCUGCCACAAUUGUGACCUGUGCACCCCAACCCUCUUCCCAGCCCCCUUCUUCUCACUAUCAAGAUUCUAUGACUCCAUCCUCCUACCCAACUUCUCAGGGUUCAAUAGCACAGUAUGAAGGUGUGACAUCGGGCUACCAAGUUCAGGUCACAGAGACUUCUCCAGGGAGUGGGUCAUAUAGCCAGGCCAGUGGGAAUCCAUCCUACACAUCUGGUCCAUAUGGGAUCUAUGGAGAUGGAGCAGGAAACUCUUAUGUGUCUGGGAAUGGGACAGCCUCAUACAAACUGGGCAGUGGACGACAGGAACGAAGUGGCUCAAACACAUCUGUCACGUCUAGUCAGCCCCUCCAUUCCGCCACCUCUGUUUCCAAGAAGAAGAUUGAGUCCUUGGCCAAUCAGUAUGACAGUGGGGCUGUGAGUGCAGCUAAUGGGACAGAUCUGAGUUCUCUUCCACCGGUGACCUCUUAUGGAGUUGUGAACAUGGGAAUGCCAUCAUCUACAGCUGGUGGGUCCCCAGUCCUUGUCAUUAGAUUUGUACUUGCCCUAUCUCAAGUUUUUGAAAGAAGUGGUCAUAAGGGAAUGCAUAUAUCAGGUGCAAGCAAGACUGGGAUGACAACAGCAACAUAUGGGACCACCCCUGAUGGAAGCUCAGUCCCGCUUUUGGGUCCAUCAUACAUCAUGAGUGGAGCCCCCUUCCAUUAUGGCAUUCAUCAACCUCUGCUCAGCUUUCAAGAUAUGCAGUUGCUUCAAUCCAGGAUACCACAAAUGCAGCAGGCACCACCUAGUCACACAAGAAGCAGUGAGUUGAAAUACCCAUCAACGACAAUGUCAACUGGAGUGGGGCCACGGGGAUUGGAUGCAACGGGUAGCCCGGGUCAUCUGGCCACGUCUCAGCAGACGGCAGCUGUUGUGAGCCAAGCCGCAACGUCUCACACAGCAGCUGGGUCUUUCUUGCCCUCGACGGCAACUGCCCCUGCGACGGCCUUCCCCGCAGCUCAAUAUGCAUACAUCUACCAUGGGGGACUUGUCCCUGGCACAUUCCCUCAGUAUCAUCAGACUCCGCCAACUGCCCCUGCUGCUGCUAUCUACCCUGUCCCUUCGGCAGCCAGUGCUGCUCACGGCAUGACUGCAGCCGCACCGCUGGCCAAAGCCAAUGCAUAUGGACAGGCCAACUUCUCUGGUUCCUCAUAUGAUCAUCUGGCUGCUGUGACUUCGCCUGAUGGCAGCGAUUAUACGAAGGGAUAUGGGAGUAGCAGUGGAUUGGGGAGCAAACCCAAUUCCUCUGGUGGAUCCCCAACAGACAUCUCAUCCAUGUAUCACAAAAAAGUCUCCAAUUCGUACGAGAAGUACACUUCAGGUGGAGGUGGGUCUGCAUACGCGAGUGCUGCAGCAGCUGCGUACCCGGCACAGAUGUUCAUCCCAACGCUGCAUGGUCCCCACCAGCAGCACUCUCCACUUCAGAUUCAUCCUGGGCUUCACCAGGAGGCCCAAGGGAGUGGUCAUGGCCACCAUCGCUCUGCAGGUGCCCCACCCAACAAGCCCUGGAGCAAGGGUACCAACAACUACUGGUCUUGAGAUCAUCACAUCGCCACCAUGUGAACUUUCAUCUUCCCCCUUGGGGGUCCUAUUUCCUUCAUCUGGCUCCCCCCCAACCCCCCAGCCUCUCAUCUCUCUCUCUCUCUCUCUCUCUCUGCCCCCAGUGUGUACAUAUAUUAUACAUACAGUAGCCUACAUUCUAUGUCUGCUGCUACAACGUGCCACACACGACUCACCCUCAGCACACUUGGUUUUUCCUUUUUUGUCUUUUCUCUUUGUGAUGAUGUCAAUGCUGAUGAUAAUGGUGACCCUUUUUAGAAAAGGGAAAAAAUGGGCUUUUCUUCCUCAGUCCUUGCAUCCGGAUCCUACACACCGGGCAUUAAGACGAUGCUUUAUCUCCCGCAUGAUUGUACAGAGACCCCCUUGUGUGAUUCUUCUCCUUUUUCCAUGGUCAUUGUUGUAACUUAUUUUUUUGUGAUGCGUGCCGAAGUGCACAGCCACAAAACACAGCACUCCUCUGUGCUAUUUUUCUAAUGGAGAUUCGGGAAUGAGAUGGAAUCACGCGCGUUCAUACAUACACACACACAGGGAAGCUGAUAUCGUUACUGACCGUGCUGUACAUUUUCAGUAUUUUUUUGUUCCGUUUUUUUUCAUCAUGCAGGUAUUUUUAAUGUCUCUGUAGUGAAUACCAGUUUUCUCUGUUCUCAGGCUGCUUCCUCCUCUCCUUUCCUGCUAGGAAAUUUUGUUCUCUUCCAAUACAGAGGAGAAGUAAGAGGAAGGAGGUCAAGUAUCAUUGCCUUGAAAAUUUAUUGGGAAUUUAUGGGAAGGAAAGAGAGACUGAGUUUGAGAGAGAGGAAACUUGAAUGAUUUGAGAUUUUUUCCGUAUUCAUAAAGAGGAUUAUCAAAUGGG